AUGAAGAUCAGUGCUGUCAUCUCUAUUUUCACCCUUGGCUUCGCCGCUGGUGUGCUCGCCGAGCCUACUCCGGUGAGCAAAGAGCCCACGCUGGUUGAGCGUGACCUUGCCUCGAUCACUAGUGUCGUUGCUUCAAUUGCAGCGCAGGUGGAACUAGUCGAUACCGACAUCCUCGCCGGUGACUUGGACGCCGUUGUGUCUGAUUCAGUGACUUUGGUGUCAGUCAUUGAAGCCGGCAUCCCGAUUGUCGAAGAAUCAGCUGCGUUGAGCGAAUCCGAUGCCCUUACCCUUGCAGGUUCCAUCGAAACCCUCAUCGACGCGGUCAAUACAACCAUCACCGAUCUCAUCAACAUCCAGUCAGAGGUCGUUGCUGCUGGCCUGGUUUCCACCAUUUUAUCGAACCUUGAGCAGCAGUACACCGCGUCCGCUGACCUUGCCGAUGCUAUCAAUGCCCAGGUACCUUCUGGACUGCAGACUUUUGCUGCUGAACUCGCAGCUUAUAUCACGGACUCCAUUCAAGAGGGAAUCAAUGCCUACUCGGCUCUUGUCAGCAGCGCAACUUCAGCCGUUUCGAGUUCCAGUGUUCCAACAUCCGUUUCUUCUGUCCCCGCAACCAGCUCUUCUGUUCCAACGACGAGCUCCUCGACAGUAGUUUUGACUGGAUCUUCGACGGCGGUAUCUACCAGUUCCUCGACGGCAGUAUCUGCAUCCGUCCCCCCUUCCAGUUCUUCUGCUGUCACUACGACAGAGAGCGAGGCUUCAGGACAAGCAAGCUCCUCUUCUACGACUGCACCCGUGUACACUGGAGCAGCUAGUGUAAAUAAGUACAGCAGCUCUGCUUAUGGCCUUGUAGCUCUUGCUGCUGCGGUCUUUGCCCUUUAG